GCGGGCGGGCGGACAUGGCGGCCAACAUGUACCGGGUCGGAGAUUAUGUCUACUUCGAGAAUUCCUCUAGUAACCCGUACCUAAUCAGGAGGAUAGAAGAACUCAACAAGACCGCAACUGGCAACGUGGAAGCAAAAGUAGUGUGCUUUUAUAGACGGCGAGAUAUUUCCAACACGCUUAUAAUGCUUGCAGACAAGCAUGCUAAAGAAAUUGAGGAAGAAUCUGAAACAACAAUUGAGGCGGACUUGACUGACAAACAGAAACAUCAGUUGAAACACCGGGAGCUCUUUUUGUCCCGCCAGUAUGAAUCUCUGCCUGCAACACAUAUCAGGGGAAAAUGCAGUGUUGCCCUUCUGAAUGAGACAGAGUCAGUAUUGUCAUAUCUUGAUAAAGAGGAUACCUUUUUCUACUCCUUGGUCUAUGACCCUUCAGUGAAAACACUAUUAGCUGACAAAGGUGAAAUCAGAGUGGGACCUAGAUAUCAAGCAGACAUUCCAGAAAUGCUCUUAGAAGGAGAAUCAGAUGAGAGGGAACAGUCCAAAUUGGAAGUUAAAGUUUGGGAUCCAAAUAGCCCACUUACAGAUCGCCAGAUUGACCAGUUUUUAGUUGUAGCACGUGCUGUUGGGACAUUUGCUCGGGCCCUUGAUUGCAGCAGCUCCGUGCGGCAGCCUAGUUUGCAUAUGAGCGCAGCUGCAGCUUCUCGAGACAUCACCCUGUUUCAUGCCAUGGAUACAUUGUACAGGCACAGCUAUGAUUUAAGCAGUGCAAUUAGUGUCUUAGUACCACUUGGAGGACCUGUUUUAUGCAGAGACGAAAUGGAAGAGUGGUCAGCGUCUGAAGCUAGUUUAUUUGAAGAGGCACUGGAAAAAUACGGCAAAGACUUCAAUGACAUACGUCAAGACUUUCUCCCUUGGAAAUCAUUGACUAGCAUCAUUGAAUAUUAUUACAUGUGGAAAACUACUGACAGAUAUGUGCAGCAGAAACGUCUAAAGGCAGCAGAAGCUGAGAGUAAACUGAAACAAGUAUAUAUCCCAACUUACAGCAAACCAAAUCCCAACCAAAUAUCCGCCAGCAAUGGCAAACCUGGAGCUGUGAAUGGAGCUGUGGGGACCACAUUCCAGCCACAGAACCCUCUCUUAGGGCGAGCCUGUGAGAGCUGCUACGCUACACAGUCUCAUCAGUGGUAUUCUUGGGGUCCACCUAAUAUGCAGUGUAGAUUGUGUGCAACCUGUUGGCUCUAUUGGAAAAAAUAUGGAGGCCUGAAAAUGCCCACCCAGUCGGAAGAAGAGAAGUUGUCUCCCAGCCCAACCACAGAGGACCCUCGCAUCAGGAGUCACAUGUCUCGUCAGGCCAUGCAGGGAAUGCCAGUCCGGAACACUGGGAGCCCCAAGUCCUCAGUGAAGACCCGCCAAGCUUUCUUCCUUCACACUACAUAUUUCACAAAAUUUGCUCGUCAGGUCUGCAAAAAUACCCUUCGGCUGCGGCAGGCAGCGAGACGGCCGUUUGUUCCUAUUAAUUAUGCUGCCAUUAGGGCAGAAUAUGCAGACAGACAUGCCGAACUUUCUGGAAGUCCACUGAAAAGCAAAAGCACUAGGAAACCUUUGGCAUGUAUCAUUGGGUACUUAGAGAUCCAUCCUUCGAAGAAACCUAAUGUCAUUCGGUCUGCACCAAGCCUGCAAACCCCUACUACCAAGAGGAUGCUAAGCACCCCAAAUCACACAUCUCUGAGCAUUUUGGGGAAAAGAAACUACAGUCAUCACAAUGGCCUGGAUGAAUUCACAUGCUGCGUGUCGGACUGAGCCAUCCCUGUUUCAUCCUAUAAGCCAAGACUCGCUACACUGUCCUGCUGAUGUUCACAGUCGUGCCUGGGAAGGAGGCAGCCCCCAUUUCCAGAACAUUUCAGUGAGAGACAUGUGCCCCCUCGAGACUCGGUGGGGCAGGGGAAGAAACUAUGGGAGUGCACGUCCCCAGAGCUGCAUCUCCAUUGUGUGAAUCAGCGUCACCUCGCUCCUCUCAGAGACCUCACUGUCCUGCGGCGGGACCUGCCUGAAAAUUGAGGGGACGAGGGAGCCCCUCCGCCUCCUCCUUUGCCAGCCCUCCGCUCCCAGGCCCAGCGGCUCCUGGGGCAGUGGGGCUGCUGAGAGCUCAGAGCUGCUGCCGCCCUGCAUGUGUCCGCUCAGCCCUGUCGUAGGCGCCACGAUGGCGACCAGGAGGGACACGGCAUCUUUCUGAGUGGAUUUUUCUUAAGAAAUGUGCCAGUAUUUAUUCAGUUCAUGAUAUCCCUCCCCCGUCCUUGCCAUUACUGUCACCUGGCUUUCUCUCAAUAGGCUUCAUCUCUAUUUUUUUUUAACGGGGAAAUUUUGCUCCCACCUCUGCAUCCUAUAUUCGGCUCCCCCUCCUCCACCCUUCCUAGGUACAGAAUUAUGAGAUUCUGACAAAAAAUAAGAAAAUCGUCCUUGGUAAGCCUGUGAACUCUUCACGUCAUGUGUAUUUUAUUGUUGGAUAGAGGCUGGUGUUCUGCUCCGUUCUCCCUGGUCUCAGCUCCAGCAAGAGCAGGUGUUAAAACGGAGCCGAGCGUGUAUAUCACUGUGACAAGCCAUUCGUGUAGUGCCCUGUUCCCUUACAGCCCAGCCAGCCGCCGAGGACUUACAGCCAGGCUGCUCCUUCCACGAGCCACAAAUCACCCAGGUUUGUUUUAAGCAGACGGAAUCUGUCUGGCCUCUGAGGGUGAAGUCAGAGAUCUGUGUGUGCAGGUGAGUAUGUAUGUACAUAUGACACCACGAGCCCCCCACCUUUCCGGCCCAGACAUUUCUGAGAUCACACGUGCCUAGGCCCGGGAACAUGUGCCUGUGACCCGGUUCCCCUGGCUGGGGCUCUUCCUGCCUGCCCUCACAGCAGCCCUCGCUGGCACGCCAGGCUGGCCAUUCCGCGGCUUGGUGCACACAGCGGCAGGAACAGGAAAAACCCAGUGCCCACGUGAGUCUGGCCACUCCCCUGUCGUCCAUUGCAGGGACGGGCUGCAGGGCACAGGCUCACAGCACCGUGAAGGAAAACUGCAGUCUGGCCUUCCAGCUGUCCCUGGGGUCUGUGGCUGAAUGAGCGGCCAGACAGCCAGGUGGUUGCAGGACAGAAUGACUACCAUUGAGCUGGCACUCCCUGCCCCCCACCCCCCCACCCCAAGCCGACUGCAGUAUCACUAAAAUGACGGCACUCUAGACAUCCAGAUCCCCAGAGGCUGGGUUCAGCUCAGCAGAGAGAACGUGGUGGAUGAUGGCUGAAGGCAACGCUGAGAGAUCGAGCUGCCUUUUCCUUCCAGUUUUGCAGCCAGUGUGGCUUCCCUCCUAAGGAGUCGCUUCUCAUCUUUGGCUUUUGCAAGGGUGACCUGGGGAUGUUCUCACCACUGCCGACUCUUGGAGCUGUUCUGGGUCUUGGCUUGGGGCCCCAACAGAGGGCCUGGGUCAGGGGUGUCCAGGGAGCAGGGCGGAGGGGACAGGCAUCGCCCUCAGGGUUCCCUACCGAGAAGCCCCCUCCAAAAAGACCCAGAAGAGGCCGCGGGCGCUCUGCCUCCCGUGCCACGUGGCGUGUUCUCUCUCAAGAAAGACUUGGGAAGGCUAUCUUUGUGUCCCGCCCUGGAUUUAUUGUCACACACGGACACAGGGGGUGCAAUGACUCCCCUGCCCUUUGACGCACCUCUCCUGACCCAUGUGAAAUAUGACUGUUGAUUAGAGAAAAGUCUGCUGCCCGUGACUCUGUGGCCAGCUUCCUUCUCUCUGCUUGUCUCGAGAGUCCCUCCUCACCCAGGCCCAGGAGAUUUGUAGACGGGGCCGGGGAGGGGGGGCAAGCCUGGUCUGAAGGGAGACAGAGAGGCCCACCCUCCCCAGCUGGCUCACAUUUAGCUAUGGGACACGUGCAGCUUGCUUUGACCCACAUGUACCAAGAAAGCCCUUCACCUUGUAGUAAGAACUCCUGGUUCUACAGCCCCAUCCUCCCACAAAGAGGAUGUUGACGAAGAUCUUCUGUUCCCACUUCAUCUCUGGGAAGUUCCCCAGCAUUCUGACUGAAUUCCCCCAGGGAAUGAGGGAAACAACACCAAGGAGCCUCUAGCCUUUGCCUUGACCGUUCGGAGCAGUCGCUGCUGACACGGUUUCCCAGCCACCCCCUUCCUGGGGCCACAGUGUCACCAUCGUGCGGCGAGCUUGCGGGGUGGGCAUGCGGGGUCUGUCUGCACGGGCCACCGCGGAGGUGCCUGGGGACGCUGUGCCGAGCCUGGUCUGUGUUCCCUUGGAUGAGGACCCAGAAGUUCACAAGCGACCGUCCCACUCUGCCAUCAGCACCUGCCCCCUCCUAGAUGGUGUGUAAGGGGACAGACUGGUUUUCAGCCCGCCUCUCACAGCUGUACCUUGCCCACAGCCCGGUUUCCGUCAGUCAGCGUCCAGCCGGGGAAACAGAAGCCACUCCGAGUAUUUAAAACGGGAGUUUUAAAGGUCCCUGCUCCCCAGGCAGGUGUGGGGGACCAAUAGCCCGGCUUCUGCUUUCCUUGUGCUCUAUGGUUUCUUCAGGUGCCUCUCGUUAGUUAAACCCCGCUGGAAGCCAGCCGACCUGGGGUCCCGGGACAAGCUCGCCGCAGCGGCCAGGCCCCGCUCAGAGCAGCGUGGGGGAGGCCGAGGAGCGGGUCUGAGGGCAGGCAGCCUGGGACGCGCGUGGCCUCGGUCUGCCCUGUGUCAUGUCCAGCCUCAUGUUUCUGUCCUCAUGCUAUCCUAAGACCCCGAGGAGGGUAGACAGAGGAGCUGCCCCCGUGGGAGUUUUGCAGACUCCCACUCACCUAGAGAGGAAAAUGCUUGUGGAAGGGAGGGGCGCAAACCUUUAUUCUUAACAGCCGUCCCUGUUUUCCUUUGGGGGAAUUUACGCAUUUAGCAACCCCACCCCACCAUUCCCCUCAGGAAAGCCAUGUCCUAGUUUUCUGUCCAUCCCUCCCUUCCGUUGCCUCUGUCCCCAGUUUCUGAUUUUCCCUGCCAGAGGACACUAGCCUGGACCAUGCAUCAGUGGUCAUGAGUGUUUCCUCAGGAUAAUUCAUUCAGAGCGUGAUAUUGCAGUGUGGACUGUCUGUAAGUAGAUGCCAUCUACUAAUCAGUUUGUAUCGUGUUUCCAAUAAAUUUCUGGAGAUUA